GGUCCCAAGUCCAUUUUUGAAACGUGUUAUUUGAAAGUUUGUGGCGUUCAUGGAUUAUGAGGUAGUAAUGGAAGGCCUUUAAUCGAGGUUUCGAAUCCUUUCCAACCUCUAUAAAUUGAGGUAGCAAACCAAGCAACCGGCAUAAGAAACAACACAUAUUGAUCAACGUAUUAACCAUGAAGACCACAACUGUUGUAGUUUUGCUUCUCUUUGCCUUCACAACAAAAUCAUAUUUCUUUGGGGUAGCCAACGCUACAAAUGAGCCUGUGCUUGACACUGAUGGUGAGGAGCUCCGAGCAGGGGUGAAAUAUUACGUCGUGUCCGCAAUAAGGGGUGCUGGUGGUGGUGGGUUAGCUCUUGGCAGGCUUACAGAUCAAAAGUGCCCAGAAAUUGUUGUUCAAAGACGAUCCGACUUGGACAAUGGUAUUCCAGUAGUAUUUUAUAAUUUGGACACCAAUGAUGAUAUCGUCCGCCUAUCUACUGAUUUAAACAUAGAGUUCGUUCCCAUCAGAGACAGAUUGUGCCUAACAUCAACUGUGUGGAAGAUUGACGAUUAUGACACUUCUACUGGGAAAUGGUGGGUGACAACUGAUGGAGUUAAAGGGAACCCCGGUCCUCACACUUUGCAAAGUUUGUUUAAAAUUGAGAAGUCGGGUAAUUUCGGUUACAAAUUUAAUUUCUGUCCUUCAGUCUGUGAGUCAUGCAAAACUUUAUGCAGCAAUAUUGGAAGAUAUGGAGAUGAUGGACAAAUACGUUUGGCUCUCGCUGAGAGUGGAUGGCCAUUCGUGUUUAAGAAAGCAAGUUCCACGAUCAAACAAGUUGUUUAUGCGAAGAACUAAGUGCAGUAGUUUUUAUAUGAACUACUGUACUGCCAAAAUAGCACCGCUAGCCGGCUUUUAAUUUCCACUAAAUAAAUGGUUGAGUCUAUGCUUGCCAGAAAGUCGGUAAAUGUACUGCUAUUGUUAUGUUGUAAGUUAGCUUUUGCUUUGUUCAAGGCUGUAUGGGCUUACUACUGA